AAAGCAAAACCCUACUACCCUCCCUUUUAAAGUACCCUUGUCCUUCUUCCCCUUUAAAUUAAGACUCCUCUUCAUUUCUACGCCAUUAUUGAAAAAACAAACUCACCUAAUAACAAUAACAAUUCAACAAAAAAUUCAAAAAAUGGGAAGAGGAAAGAUUGAAAUAAAGAGGAUAGAAAACUCAACAAAUAGGCAAGUUACUUACUCUAAGAGAAGAAAUGGGAUCAUCAAAAAAGCUACAGAAAUCAAUGUUCUUUGUGAUUCUAUGGUUUCUGUUGUUAUCUUUGCUAACAAUGGCAAAAUGCAUGCUUACAAUAGCCCCUCUACUCCGGUGGAAGAUAUACUUGAGAAAUAUCAGAAUAUUUCCGGUAAGAGGUUGUGGGAUGCUAAGCAUGAGGAGCUGAAGAACGAGAUAGAUAGAAUCAAGAAAGAAAAUGACGAUAUGCGGGUCGAACUCAGGCACUUGAAUGGAGAGGACAUUGCAUCUUUACAAUAUCCAGAUCUGAGUAGGCUUGAGCAAGCUCUUGAUAUUGGUAUUGCUCGAAAUAAUGACAGGCAGAUGGAAAUUUACAAGAUGCACGAAAAGAAUACAACGAUGCUUCAAGAGGAAAAUAACCAGCUCGAGUACAUGUUGCACAAGCAAGAAAAUGAAAUGAUGGACGGGCCGGGUCGGAAUAACCCAGAAGAGAGGGACUACCUUUACCAGAUUCCUUACGGGUUUCGAGGGCAACCAAACCAACAGGGAAGGGUGUAGAUCGAUCGAUGAAUGAAGUUCAAUCAAAUGUGUGUUUGGUAUGUAAUAAUUGAAGCUAGGUUAUUGUGUAUGUUCUUGGCUUGUUUAUCAACUUGUUCAUUUUAAGUAGAUCUCUAAUUAAGAACCUAAUUAAACAAAUUAAUUAAGUGUGUUUAUGGGUCACGUACGUAAACUCAUGGCGGCUACCCGUGAUUAAUAUGCAAUCCGAAAUUAAUAUGUUUAUGGUA